GCAUCUGAUCCUCAUUGUCUUCUCACAUUCCUCUCUUCAUCUACUAUCGUUCGCAUCUACCACUGUCAUUCACUCUCGAUUGAAAUCAUUCUGCUACAGGGUCACCGUUCAUUGGCUCUGCCCCUACUUUGCGACGCUCGUCACGGACGCUCCAGGACGCUAAUUUUCAACUGAACAAGAUCAUUGGCUUAUCAUAGCUCACCACAUCCUAGUCCGACCUCGAUGAGGUCUUCCUCCCUCCCCUCCCUGCUUAUCGCCUGGCUAUGCCUCCUCCGCAACAUCGCAGGUCUCUCGACGUGGUACACUCCGCCUGGCGGACCGCCAACAGGGUCCACUGUCGGGGAUAAAGUCAGAGGGAUCAACCUUGGAGGAUGGUUCAUCCUGGAGAAUUGGAUGAUGCCCGACUUUGUCUCUGUCCCUCCGUUGGAUCAAUAUGACAUUCCGGAUGAGUGGACCUAUUGCUCUGUUCUUGGUAAAGAGGAAUGCUCGAACCGCUUGACACAACAUUGGUCCACUUAUAUCGACGAAUCAGAUUUUAUCAUGUUCAAGGAGUACGGUCUGAAUACCGUCAGAAUACCGAUGGGCUAUUGGGCAUGGAUCGAUAUACUGGGAUUCGAGCCGUACAUCAACGGACAAACAACCUACCUUGAUCAAGCUUUGGAAUGGGCGAAGAAGUACAACAUAGAUGUCCUCAUGGACAUGCAUGGUCUACCAGGCGGUCAAAAUGGUCAGGACAAUCAAGGCUACAAAGGACCCAUAGAGAUGCCAAAUAACAGCUCGAACACUGAACGUGGGCUUCAAGCCAUCGAAGCAAUGACGAAGCACGUAACGGACCCCAAAUUUGGUGGUGUCGUCAAAGCCAUCGAACUGGUCAACGAACCACAUUUGACCCCGAUGUAUGACAAUGGAAUGAGUUGGGACUUUUAUGCCGGGUUCCUUGUACAGGCUUAUCAGGCAGUCAGAAGCUCGGAGACAGUCAUGCAGGGAAAUCAUGAAGUCAUGGUGGUCGUCCAUGAUGCUUUUCAACCCAUACUCAAUUGGCAAUACUUCUGGAGUGAACCGAGUCUCGGACUCAACUGGACCAACUACGCUUUGGAUAGUCACUACUACGACGCCUUUGGCGAUGCCGCCAACAAGACGUACCAGGAACACCUAGACUCGCUCUGCGCGUACAUAUCAGACGUGACCGAGGCGCAAACUCAUUACCCAGUGAUAUUCGGCGAGUUCUCUCUCGGAGUCAACACCUACUGUGUAGACUAUCAAUCAUGCGUGGGCAAAUCAAUAUGGGACUAUAUCUGGCAGCUGCUGCCACAGGAUGAUUCACUCUUCCUCCGCCAAUUCUGGGAGCUCCAAACCAACGUGUUUGAAACGGCCUCUGGAUGGAUUUUUUGGGCCGCGAAGAAUGAAUAUGGCGCUCCAUGGUCAUGGCAACAGUCCGUGGCCCAGGGCUGGAUUCCGAAAGAUCCGAGUGAAAAAUUGUACCCUUACGAUCCCGCUGCGACGUCAUCCUGUCUGGACAUUUGGCAACCGAACGGCUCGGAACCUACAUUCCCGGAUUAUCCAGUCAACCUUACAGCUAUGAAAGUCGAUCUCGUAGCUGCGACCCACAUCUCGGUAAGCCUCAAUGUCACCGCCAGCGCGACCAAAGAGGUGAAAGGGACAAGGUCGCAAGCUGGAUCACCGACACCGAGUGCGUCUCAAUCGAUUGGACAAUCAGGGACCAAAGCAGAGCUCGUGGCCAACGGCGAAGACUCAGGAUCACAUAGUUCGACUGGCCGGGCCGGUAGAUCAAUUGAUGUGGGCUUGAGUGUUCCUCUGGGAUUGGCCAUCUUCUUUGGACUGUGGAGCUUGUCAUGAAGACUCUGGGAGCAAAGGGGUCAAGCGGGCAUUGGCGGGGACGAUGCAGUGCGCAGCGAGACGAACAGAUCACAAGGGAGGGAUACUUCGCGAUAGACACUUGGUAGUGGCAUAUACGCUGGCCAUAUUAGACUUAAUCUUGCUGUAUACAUAGCCACGAGACAUUCACGACGGCUUUCAAGCCAUGCAUGUACCAUACC